ACAUCUCAUGUCAUCGGAGUGGCAGAGCGGUGCGCUGAGGACCUAUUCACACAAAUCUACAAACACAACUCAAAGCCAAUCCUCCUACAGCCUCCAAUAAGACCAAAUUACGAAUCCCUUUCACUCGCUUCUUCAAAUGGAGCGAAAGGUUUUAUGGUAGGCCGGGAGGCUGAAGCUGGAGGCAUUGCGAAACACGGGGCCAAAUUAGUUACUGCAGUCGCUUGCGCUCAAGUACCUAAGUUUACUGUGAUUGUUGGUGGGAGCUACGGGGCGGGAAACUAUGGAAUGUGUGGUCGCGCCUUUUCCCCCAAUCUUCUCUUCAUGUGGCCAAAUGCACGGAUAAGCGUGAUGGGUGGCGAGCAGGCAGCCAACGUUCUUGCCCAGAUCCAGACCGAUCAGCGAAGAAGAGAAAAUAAGCCAGAAGUAAUUGAUCUGGUGGCCUGUCCGGUUCGGCCGGCCCGCUUGAUCCGUCUUUACGUGGCAACCACAACUGGCUCAACUUCGAUGUUGCUAGGCUCCUACGGUCCACUUUUCCCGCCUCGUUUGCAUACUCCUAGCGCCACCAUUCACCGCCAUGGCUACAAAUGGGGCUGUGUCUGA